GCGCAGUGCCAUCGUCAAGUUUGAAGCCGCACAAGGGGCGGAGAUCUCUGCUGUUUCCUUCCCAAAAAAUAACUGAGGAUCAACCCACGGGAAACGGUUCCCAAGUAGCGGCUUUCGAGCGACAUGCCAGGACAUAAAGUGAUGUAUUGGCCGUUUGACAGGAUUCCUCCACAGAACGAUUUACUCCAGAAGUGUUUGAUCUGGCGAUUAUAAUAUUGUUCAGGUGACACAUGUAUAACCGGUGCCAUCCACAAUCCCACAUUCAUACUUCCAGCGGCCUUUUGCAUCGCUUCAGGACCCUGUCUUUAGAUUAACGAGAUCUAAACUCGGUCGUCUGGUCAGUAUUUGUGUGUUUAUGUGUUGUCCUGAGCCGUGCUUCUUCUCGGCAAAGUCAUGGAGCCCAACAUGGAGUACAUCGUGGCGCAGGUCACGCAGAAAGAGGUCGGACGGCGGUUUCAAGUCGGGCCCGAAAUCAUAGACUACAUCCUGGACAGACAGAAGUCACAUGACCUGGAGCACGAUCAGAGCCUGCUGGACCGGAUGGUGGACAGUCUGGCGAGCUCAUGGGUCAACGCAAGCAAUUUCAAGUUCUUGAUCAGUUUGACUACGAUGUUUUUAUCAUUCUGUGAGGUGGCGCUUCUGGGAAUGGACAUAGUAUCUGCUUUAGUGACCAGACUACAGGAACGCUUCAAAACACAAAUAGGAACAGUUCUGCCCAGUUUAAUCGAUCGUUUAGGUGAUUCUAAGGACCAGGUUCGGGAUCAAGCGCAGGCUCUUCUGUUGAAAAUCAUGGACCAAGCGGCCAAUCCGCAGUAUGUUUGGGACCGAAUGCUGGCCGGAUUCAGACAUAAAAACAUCCGGAGCAGAGAAGCUGUUUGCUUUUGCCUUAUUGCCACUCUUAAUGUAUAUGGAGCUCAGGGUUUAACCCUUAGCAAGAUAGUUCCUCAUAUUUGUCAUCUGUUAGGAGACCCAGCGAGUCAGGUUCGGGACGGUGCGAUGAACUGUCUGGUGGAGAUUUACAGACACGUCGGGGAGAGAGUGAGGGUGGAUUUGGGGAAGAAGGGGCUGCCGCAGUCACGCUUGAAUGUGAUUUUCAGAAGGUUUGAUGAAGUGCAGAGGUCUGGGAACAUGACGCUGUCCUCAGAUAAGAGCGUGGAUGAUGACGAUUCGGUGGAUGGAGGUCGUUCCUCGUCGUCCUCUAAAGGAGCGUCAUCGGUGCGUCGGACAGGAUCCAUGCGCAGACCGAGCUCAGCGUCCAGCUCCAAGAGCUCAGGUAAGGAGAGCUCUGGAGCUGGAGCUGUUGACGAGGAAGACUUUAUUCGUGCCUUUGAAGAUGUGCCCUCUGUACAGAUUUACUCACCUCGAGAGCUCGAGGACUCCAUGAACAAGAUCCGAGAAAUUCUGUCCGAUGACAAACAUGAUUGGGAACAGCGAGUAGCUGCAUUAAAAAAGGUUCGUUCUCUGAUGUUGGCCGGCGCGAGCGACUACGAUGGUUUUUCGCAGCAGUUACGACAGCUGGAGGGGCCGCUCAAACUCUCGGCUAAAGAUCUGCGCUCUCAGGUGGUGCGCGAGGCCUGUAUCACACUCGGACACCUGUCGUCUGUGUUGGGUAAUAGAUUUGAUCACGGAGCUGAGAACAUCAUGCCAACCUUACUGAACCUCGUCCCAAACAGCGCUAAAGUUAUGGCCACAUCCGGAAUGGCAGCAAUUCGUCUCAUUAUACGGCACACUCACUAUCCACGUCUGAUUCCUAUCAUGACCAGCAACUGCACUUCCAAAUCAGUGGCCGUCAGACGACGCUGUUAUGAGUUUUUAGACCUUCUGCUUCAGGAGUGGCAGACUAAUUCUCUCGAGAGGCACGUCGCUGUCCUGAUAGAAACCAUUAAGAAAGGAGUUCACGAUGCUGACUCUGAGGCCAGAUCAGUCGCUAGGAAAUGUUACUGGGGUUUCCACGCCCACUUCAGUAAGGAGGCGGAGCAUCUGUUUCAGGCGCUGGAACUGACCUAUCAGAAAGCGCUGCAGUCUCACCUGAAGAGCUCGGACAGCAUCAUGUCUCUGCCGCAGUCCGACCGUUCGUCUUCCAGCUCGCAGGAGAGCCUCAAUCGGCCGCUGUCUGUUAAAACACCUGUCGGGAGCAACUUGAGCAAAACUAAAGGGGUGAGUUCUCGUGCAUCCUCUUCGUCCGGCUCUCUCCAGCGAUCGCGCAGUGAUGUGGACGUUAACGCCGUGGCUAGUGCCAAAAACAGAAUGCCAGCCGUUGCUGCUACUGCCCCCUUCAGCUCAGCCGCGGCACUGCCGCCUGGUUCCUACGCCUCUCUGGAUGCGGCUGGUAAUGUGGAGGGUCGUGUGCGAACCAGACGACAGAGUUCAGAGACGGCAGUUGGGGGCGGAGCUUCUGUGACUGACAGUAGGGGGCGGAGCCGAGCCAAAGCUGUGUCCCAAUCACAGCGAUCCAGAUCAGCUAAUCCGGUGGGGGGUAAAACUCAUGCGGGCAGCCGCUCUAGUUCACCUGGGAAGCUCUUGGCUCGCUCUUCCAUGAGAAUCCCUCGAUCCGCCGGAUCCUCUGGAGCGCCGUCGGACAAACGCUGUAAGAUCCCCCGCAGUCAAGGCUGCAGCCGAGAGACGAGCCCCAGCCGCGCGCGAGACGUGCGGGCCAGUCGUAUCCCGCGGCCCAGCAUGAGUCAGGGCUGUAGUCGUGACACCAGUCGGGAGAGCAGCAGAGACACCAGUCCAGCUCGAGGGUUCAGUCCGCUGGCAUCCCACAGAUACUCUCGCUCUACCAGUGCGCUGAUGGCUGGCGAUGUCCUGCAGACAGAUCGCUUCGGUCUCAUCCAUCAGGCCAUGCGGAUCUUGAACACGGGCACAGAGGUGGAGGCGGCCGUGGCAGACGCUCUGCUUUUAGGAGACUCCAGGACCAAGCGGAGGCCGAUGCGGCGGCGUUACGAAUCUCCCGGGAUGUACUCGGAUGACGACGCCAACAGCGAUGCAUCCAGUGCCUGCUCCGAACGCUCCUUCAGCUCCCGUAACGGCGCCGCCCCGCAGUACCUGCGUCAGACGGAGGACGUGGCCGAGAUCCUGAACCACUGCGCCAGCUCCAACUUUUCCGAGAGGAAAGAAGGGCUGCUGGGACUCCAGAGCCUCCUGAAGAGCCAAAGAGUGCUCAGUCGUGUGGAGCUGAAGAGACUGUGUGAGAUCUUCACCCGGAUGUUUGCAGAUCCUCACAGCAAGAGGGUGUUCAGCAUGUUCCUGGAGACGCUGGUGGACUUCAUCACGUUGCACAGAGAUGAUCUUCAGGACUGGCUCUUCGUUCUUCUCACGCAGCUGCUGAAGAAGAUGGGCGCCGAUCUUCUGGGCUCCGUUCAGGCCAAAGUUCAGCGGGCCCUCGACGUCACCAGGGACUCUUUUCCGUACGAUCAGCAGUUCAACAUCCUGAUGCGGUUUAUCGUGGAUCAGACUCAGACCCCAAAUCUCAAGGUGAAGGUGGCCAUCCUGAAGUACAUCGAGUCUUUGGCCAGACAGAUGGAUCCGUCAGACUUCGUGAACUCCAGCGAGACUCGGUUAGCCGUCUCUCGAAUCAUCACGUGGACCACGGAGCCGAAGAGCUCAGACGUCAGGAAGACGCUUCAUCUCUGGCUGAAUGAGGAGGCGUCGGGCAGGAGCUCCACGGUGGCCUCACUGCCGGGGGAAAGUAACCUGGAGGAGAGAUGUAAGCAGGCUGCUCAGAUGGUUCUGAUCGCCCUGUUUGAGCUGAACACCCCAGAGUUCACCAUGCUGUUAGGAGCUCUGCCCAAAACCUUCCAGGACGGAGCCACUAAACUCCUGCACAGCCAUCUGAAGAACAGCAGUAACGCUGCUGCAGUGUCUCAUGCGUCUCCCAGCGGCAGCAGCAGUGUGGGACGCACCCCUCCACGACACCCAGUGACCCGCAGCAGCCCGCUGACCUCACCCACCAACGGCUCACACGGGGGUCUGUCACCCAGUCGUUUGUGGGGCUGGAGCUCAAAGCCUUCUUCUAACCUCCCUCCUCCCCACCCCGGCCCAGCCACCCCCCCUCUCCGGGCCUAUCGGAGGGCGUAUUCGCCCAGUAUGUUGGAGUACGACUCCGAGAACAUGAACUCUGAGGAAAUCUUGAGCUCAUUGAGAGGUGUAACCGAAGCCAUCCAGAGCUUCAGUUUCCACAGUAAGGAAGACAUACUCGAGCCCAUCAAACAUGACGGCAAGAGGGAAGAUACAACCGGUGUGGAUCCUCGUUUGUCUGCUGGUGUGAUGGAAGGAGGCCGGACGGCGCUGGACAACAAGACGUCAUUAUUAAACACACCAUCUUCUCGAUCGAUCAGUGGCCCUUGGGCUCGCGAAUACAACCCAUACAACUACAGCGACUCCAUCAGCGCCUACGAGAAAGGAGCUCUCGCUGUGUUUGACGACGUGGACCAUAUCCCAGAUGGUCGUCCACAGGACUGCGCAGAAAACAAAAUCCUGCAUCCGAAAGGUUAUUCUGCAGGACCCGGGCCGCACCUGGAGAUGAUUGGUGAUCUGCUGAAGGAGCUGUCCAAUCACAGCGAGCGUGUGGAGGAGAGGCGGGCCGCUCUGCUAGAGCUGCUGAAGGUCACGCGUGACGACAGUCUGGUCGUGUGGGAAGAGCAUUUCAAAACCAUGCUGCUGCUGCUGCUGGAGACGCUGGGAGACAGAGACCACACCAUCCGAGCGCUGGCUCUGCGCGUCCUGAAGGAGAUCAUGCGCAGUCAGCCGACGCGCUUCAAGAACUACGCAGAACUCACCAUCAUGAAAACCCUGGAGGCCCAUAAAGACUGUCACAAAGAGGUGGUGCGGGCGGCAGAAGAAACGGCGUCCACGCUUGCCGGAUCCAUCCACUCGGAGCAGUGCAUCAAAGUCCUGUGUCCCAUCAUCCAGACGGCAGACUACCCCAUCAACCUCGCCGCUAUUAAGAUGCAGACCAAAGUAAUCGAGCGCAUUCCCCAGGAUUCACUGAUUCAGCUCCUGCCAGACAUCAUCCCUGGACUCUUACAGGGUUAUGAUAACACCGAGAGCAGUGUGCGUAAGGCCAGUGUGUUCUGUUUGGUGGCCGUUUAUUCAGUCAUCGGUGAAGAUCUGAAGCCUCAUCUGCAGCAGCUGACCGGCAGCAAGAUGAAGCUCUUGAAUCUGUACAUCAAGCGAGCUCAAGCCACCAACAGCACCAGCAGCAGCUCUUCAGACGUCUCGUCUCACAGCUGAAUCACUCCUCCAAGCGUCCUCUCCCGUCGUUUAACACAUUUGCGAGUAGAUGCACGUGAUUCAGUGUUAACAUGUGCAAACACUUUGUGUGUGUGUGUGUGUGUGUGUGCAGCAGUUGGCGUCUGUGUGUAAGAUAAUCAGUUCCCAUUGCUCUUUUGCCAUUGCUGUGGCAUCUAUCGUCCUUAAAUUCAAAGCACACGUGAUGCUCUUUCCGAUCGGCCAAUCAGAAAUCGUCUUACCUCACAUCAUUAGUGAAUGUAACGCCCAUUUUUUUACGCCUUUAGUCUGCCUCAAGGAUGCUCUUUUAGUGACUAGAAUCAUUUUUGGGCAUUUAAGAAUAUGCAAGAACCGAGAUUGUAUUUGUACAGUAUUUGUUUUAUUUCCGGCCAACAGGCGAAGAGCUUUCGACUAAGAACGAUGAAUAUUAGCGCAAAUUUAGUUCGAAAUCUCACAUUCCAGCGCCGCACAGAAAAACCUCGAUUAGUCAUCAACACUAACAUGGAGAUUCAUGACAAAUGUCUCCUU